AUGAAGCUCAUAAACAUUAUUCCCGUCCACCUGUUCCUGCACUGCACAUACGCUACCGUUCUGCCCAAAGAUGACAAUCCUUGCUGUCCCGGAGUCGUUGAUUCCAAGCCCCCCCGUGAUGUCCCCGAUAAUGGCAUCGAAUGGACUCGGUGCAAUCUGGGUAUCCCUGAUUACAAGGAAAAUGAAAAGAACAAGGCAUUCGAGUGCGGUACUCUAGAUGUUCCUCUCGACUAUACCGACAAAUUUGACACAAACACUACGACAUUGAAGUUGAUCAAACUGAAAGCGAGCAAGAAAUCGCCCAAAGGCAGCAUCAUCGUGAACUUUGGUGGUCCAGGUGGCUCCGGAGUCGAGUUUUUGUUGGCGGCCUUCAACACAGACCUUGCCAACUCGCUUUUUGGAGGGCAAUACGACAUCAUCAGUUUUGAUCCACGUGGCACUGGCAAUACGUUGGUUCCGCCUGAUGGCAAUGGAUUUCCGGAGCAAAUGAACGAAGAGCUCGUCGACACCGUUCAGAAAUCGACAUACUUCAUCGACUUGGUCACUUAUCUGUUUCAAAAUUCGGCAUACUUCAUCGACGUCGACGACUUGAUCAACGAUCACUUUGUCCGCUACGCUUUUGACUAUGUGAGCGCUUUUACGGAGUCAUAUGUUACAAGGGACAAGGAAUAUAGAGAGUUCCGUGGCACUGCAUUCGUCGCCAGGGAUAUCGCGAAAAUUGCCACGGCAUUAGGUGAAGGUGACCGCAUCAACUACUGGGGUAUUUCGUACGGCACGGUCCUAGGCCAGGUUCUGGCUGGUAUGUUUCCUGACCGUAUUGAACACAUGCUUCUCGAGGGCAAUCUGCUCGCCGACGACUAUGUUAAGAACCUUGGGCUCAAUGGUAUCAGGGAGGCCGAGGAGGCAUUGUAUCAUUUCUACGACGAGUGCAUGGCAGCCGCAAACAAUUCCUGUCACUCGGCUAAAAAGCUUCCUGAAGAUCGAGAUGGUUUCCUGAAAGUCCUCAAUCGCGUCUUCAUGGUCUGCACAGGAGUUGGGGGUAGUUUCGAGAGCCCUAAAUCACUCUCGCUGGCUAACAAAUUUCUCAUUGCUCUCUACGAUCUUGAUGGUUACCUUUGGCUGGAUGACUUGAUUGAUACCGCUUUGGAGGGCAAUCGUUCGAUGUGCCCCGGGGUUAUUCCUGACUUGACAGACUUGGCAACUCCAUGGAACCCUCAAUCCGACCUUGCCCAUCUAGCGAUCAUGUGCAGUGACGCAACGGUCCACACUGAAACUAGUGAGGAUUUUAUCAGUUCUUUCUGGAACGAAGUCGAUCAGGCCCUUGAUAACCCCUUCUACCUCUCGACUCUGCUUGGUCAUGCGCCGUGUUUUCGAUGGAACAUACACGCAGCUGAGGUGAUAAACCUUACAAGCCUUUCAAAAGUCGAGACAAAGAACCCAGUCCUUCUCAUCAAUGGUAAAUACGAUCCGGUGACUCCCUUGGAUGAUGCCCGGAAGAUAUCUGCCCGAUUUCCUCGAAGCCGGGUUGUUGUUCACGAAGGUGUUGGUCAUGGCGCCCUCAACGGUCAUGAUUCCAAUUGCACUCGAGGGAUUGUACACGAUUAUUUUGUCUAUGGAAAGCUACCUCAAAAAGAGACCACCUGCAAGCCGGACCAAGAUGCCUUUGAGCUUGUCGAAGCAAUGCGGCAGGCGGGAAGUGAUGGACCCGCUGGAAAACGUAAAGUUCCGGUUCUCUUUAUCAACAAGAAGCGAUGGAGAAGAAGACUUCUCUCCGCCAAGACCACGAUCAGCCCUUAUCAAAUACCUUCAUCACCAACUAGUUCGGGAGGCGUCAAGAUGAGCGCCGACAUUCUUGCUGCUGGUGGAAAGGCAAGCCCGUCAAUGGGCGUGGAGACGAGGAACGACAACAAUGGCGAUCUUGUAACGGCCACCGAGGAGCAGAGCCUUCAGCGAGGUCUGCACGAGAGGCAUCUUUCUAUGCUGGGUAUUGCUGGUGCUAUUGGAACAGGUCUCUUUCUCGGUCUGGGCCAGUCUGUUCAGACUGGUGGUCCUCUCGGCGCGCUGCUCGGCUAUGCGACUGUUGGUCUCGUGGUGUGCGCCGUGCAAUUCGCCUUGGGAGAAGUCGCUGCGUUGUUACCGGUGACAGGAGCUUUUGUGCGACAUGCUGAAUUUCUUGUUGAUCCGGCUUGGGGAUUCGCAAUUGGAUGGAAUUUGGUCUACGGCAACAUUCUGUCGAUCCCUUCAGAAAUCACGGCCAUCUGUGUAUUGUUCGAGUUCUGGACCGAUAUCAAUCCCUCACUAUGGAUCAUGAUAUUCAUCGUCCUCACUACAGUCGUCGGUCUCUGCUUCGUCCGGGUUUUCGGUGAGGUUGAGUUCUGGUUCGCCCUUCUCAAAAUACUCUUGGUCGUGUUCCUCAUUAUCCUAGGAUUGGUCAUCAACUUGGGAGGCGUCCCAGGCACAGAACGAAUUGGCUUCAGAUAUUGGAAGAAUCCAGGACCAUUUGUUGAAUAUAUUGCUUCAGGGAGCUGGGGCCAGUUCCUUGGUUACUGGUCUGUCAUGACCAGCGCUGUCUUCUCCUUCGCGGGAGUCGAAUCUAUCGCCAUGGCCGCAGCCGAAACGCGGAAUCCUGCGCGUGCGAUCCCCAAGGCUUGCAAGAACGUUUUCAUCCGAAUUCUGGUCUUUUAUAUAUUGGCCAUCCUCAUUGUCGGUAUGCUUGUGAGAAGCGACGACGAGAGACUCAACGACCAGUCCGGAGCCGCAGGCCAAAGCCCCUUUGUUAUCGCAGCCUCGGCGGCCGGCAUCCCUGCGAUCCCCUCUGUUGUAAACGCCGUUGUCAUAACUUCCGCGUGGUCAGCUUCUAAUCAGAGUCUUCUCGCCGGUACCCGUGUUCUCUAUGGUUUGGCCCUCAAGCGACAGGCGCCUCGGAUCUUCCUCCGCACGACCGCGUGGGGUGUGCCUUACGUCUGCGUGCUCUUCUUCACUUGCUUCAUGUUCCUCAGCUUCAUGAGUCUCUCAAACGGAGCCAUGACCGUUUUCUGGUGGCUGGUCGACCUGACAGCGGCGGGAGUCCUGAUCUCCUGGGCAUCGAUCUUGUUGAACCACAUUCGUCUGCGCCUUGCGAUGAAAAAGCAAGGAAUUCCGAUCGAAAAACUGCCCUGGCACAACUCCUGGACUUUCUACUCUUCGUGUGCCGGCUUGUUCAUGACUUUGAUCAUCCUCCUAACGGGCGGUUUCCGUGUCUUUACCAGGGGUAACUGGGAUCCCGUUGGCUUUGUAUCGUCCUACUUGGAUAUUCCUCUUGUUACCGCAGCGUACUUGAUUUGGAAGUUUGUCAAGAAGACAAAGGUCGUGCCAUUAGCAGAGAUACCCCUUCAGGAUGCUUUCAGGAAGUCAGAGGAGGACCACGAAGUGGUGACCGCUUAG